AUGCCUAUUUCAGUAAAUCAACCAUCAAUACCUAAACCAUUGUCAUGGAAUUUAAUAAUCGAUUCAACAAUUGUUGUUGUCACAGGUUCAAUGACUAUUGGUUCUGUUAUGGUUCAACUUGUAAAUUGUCUCGAUGUAUCUCAAGAUUUUUCUGAUUAUGCACUUUGGUGGCCAAAGGCAAAUAUCUGGUUAUUAAAUACAAAAUGGACACUUGAUCAAUAUGGUAUUCAAUCAGAUGCUCAACUUACUUUUACUAGCAUGCAUAAAUCUAUUCGUUUACAAUUACCUGAUUUUCGUGUUUUAUCAAUAAAUGCAGAUUUUUCCGUUACAGUUUUUGCUGCUGUUUGUAAACUUUGUAAAGAUCUUGGAAUUCGUCAUGCUGAAGAACUUUCACUUUUACGUUUACCAAAAGUAACAAAUCCAAAUGGAUCACAUGAACGUCGUACAUCACCUCGUCGUCGACGUCAUAAUAUUGGUACACUUAAUCGACAUAAUUCUAUGGGUGAUUCAUUAGCAAAUAAUACAUCAACAAUAUCAACAUUAUUUUCUCCAACAACACCUAAACUUCGAUCAACAAUAAUAAAUGAUACAGUAGAUUCAUCAAUGCGUCGUCAACGUCCAAUAUCAAAUCUUUCAAAAUCACUUAAUAGUUUAGUUACAAAUGUUGAUGGAAAUCUUGCUCGAACACCAAUAACACCAAUAAAAAAUAUUUUAUCACAAUUAACUAAACCAAUGAAUAUAAUUGAAAAAUCAAAAUUAAAUAGUCUAUGGUAUGAUUCAUCGAAAUCACUUAUGGAACAAAAUACAAAUGAAAAUGAUCUUAUUUUAUUACGUUUUAAAUAUUUUACAUUCUAUGAUCUGAAUCCAAAAUUUGAUGCUAUAAGAUUAAAUCAAUUAUAUGAACAAGCUAAAUGGUCUAUUUUAAGUGAAGAUAUUGAUUGUACAGAAGAAGAAAUGAUGACUUUUGCUGCUUUACAACUACAAAUUCAAAUUCAAUCGUAUCAAUCCUCAUCAACAUCAGCAGUUACAUCUCCCAAUAAUGAUAUUGGUCAUGAAUAUGAUAAUACAAAUGACGAUGAUAUUGAUCGAGCACUUGAACGUUUACAAGAUUCUCUAUUAGGAACAACAACAACAACAAAUACAAAUCAAUCAACAAAUACUCUAAUACAAAAAUUUUCAUCAAAUGAAGAAUUAUGUGAUUAUUUACGUCUUUAUAAAUCACGAAGAUUUGCAUUUAAAACAUUUAAACGUUAUUGGUUUGUUAUGCGAGAUACUCAACUAACUUAUUAUACAAAUGAAUCUCAACAACGUAGUACACCUAUUGAAAAAAUUUCACUUAAAGGUUGUGAAGUUUUACCUGAUGUGAAUAUAUCAUCUAAAAAAUAUGCUAUUCGUUUAAUGAUACCAUCUAUUGAUGGUAUGAAUGAAAUAUUAAUUCGUUGUUCAACAGAUGAACAAUAUGCGAAAUGGAUGGCUGCUUUUCGUCUUGCAUCAAAAGGUCGCUCAAUUAGUGAAUCAUCUUAUGACACUGAACGUGAAUCAAUUUUAGCCUUACUUAAUAUGCAACGACCAUCAUCAUCAUCAAAUCAUCAACAAAAUAAAUUUGAUAUUCAACCAGAAAAUUUUGUAUCAGCUAAAUUUGUUAAAAAAUAUAAAAUAAAACAGUUAACUGAACGAAUUCUUGAAGCUCAUGCAGCUGUUAGUAAUUUAGAUGGCACAGAAGCUAAAUUACGUUAUUUAAAAGCAUGGCAAGCUUUACCUGAAUUUGGUAUAACAACAUUUAUUGUUAAAUUUAAAGAUUCAAAUAAAAAAGAAGAAUUACUUGGUAUUGCUUCAAAUCGUCUUUUACGUAUGACAUUAACAGGUGAUACUUUAAAAAUAUGGUGGAUAUCUCGAAUGCGUUCAUGGAAUGUUAAUUGGGAAAAUAAAUUAGUAACAAUUGAAUUUGAUGGUGAAACAAUACAUUUUUUACCAUUGUAUGGUAUUGAAAGUAAAUGUAUACAUGAAUUUAUUGGUGCAUACAUUUUUUUGGCUAUGCGAUUAACAACAACAACAUUGUCUAAUAAUAAUGAUCCACUUCAACAGGAAACUCUUUUCCAACGACUUACUGCCGCUUAUAGUUAG